UUUUUUGAGUCAACCUGAAGGUAAAAAUUCUGUGAAAAUUAGUGUUUGCUUUGCCAUGCAAAAAGCAUCGAUGGACCGGGAUGGAAAUGUUUCUAAAGUUGUUUUUGUUAGUGGAUCUAAAUCUACUAAUUUUGUAUCUAAAAACCGUCCUCGAAUAAGGACGUGGUUUAUUAUGGUUGUAGCGGUUGUUUUAAUCCUUGGAGCUGUAGUUUUAUCAGCUGUGUUUAUGCGCAAAACAAAGGAAAAGACCAAUUCUUCGCGCUCUGUGACCGAAGUCAACUUGGAAGAAGGUGAAAUACUAACGUAUCGAGUUGAGCAGAGGCUCGAAAUACGAGGUGGAGAUGUGCAAAAAGGUACCAUCAUUGCAGAUGUUGUUAUUCGUGUUCUUAACAAAACAUCGGAAGAGUAUUGGUUCUUAAUGAAAAUCAACACGAUGGUAGAAGUCGACAACGUGGGUAAUAUGGGCGGAGUGAGGCCUGGAAUGAUGGAUUACUUUCUCGUCAAACUUAAGGUCGCCUCAAGUUUAGAGUUGACGAACGCGAAUAAUGACGCUGAUGCCUUUGAACUCUACGGGCAGCCAAAGACCGAUGGAGAUUUCAUUCGGUACGUGUACAGUACAGUUAACCAGCUUCUUCCUGCCGUAAAACGGGAUCUUUACGAGGAUAUCGAUGGAGAGAGAGUCAGCCCAGACAGCGAGCUAAGCCCUGAGAAGUCUCUGUUGUGCCCUGGAGCUGUGAGGAUGCACAGAAAGGCAAACACAUCAGACGAGAAGGAAGUUUUGAUCAAGAACAAUUUCAACGGUUCCGAUCUUGUCAACGUGUCAUCCGAAAUCGACUUGGACAUAACCUAUUCUGAUUUGAUGUUCAUAAACAAGAGCAACGGAAUGGUGACAGAGAGCCGCGCCUACUUGUCAGAACAGCUCAACUUCGGAGAACCAAUCCACAACAAAAGUGGUUCUGACGUGACAACGAUGAACGUAACCCUGCAAAGUAAUAUAGCACUCACUGAAGCCAACCCCAGAGCAGGCGGUUACUAUGCUCACGAGGAAUUGGCAGCUGUUGACAUUGAUGCAUUCGUUAAACUUCUUUUACCGAAGUCUGACGGAAAUGUCUUAAUAAACGAGAAACAAGUUGAGGUAGCGUGUGACUGUCCCAAUGCAAGUGGUUCUUGCAUUAAUGACCCACACUGCUCUGAGAAC